AUGACUACAUUCAAACUGGAACCUUCAACGGAGUCAUCUCCAGUAGGCAGUUGCUUCGAUCCGGACAGCUUCAUCAAUUAUGACCAGACUGUUGUCCCAACUCCAUCCAUCUCACCUCUAUCCGCUCACUCCAAGUCUGUCAGCACUCCCACGUCGUCAACAAACAAUCAGACUUCGCGAUAUCCAAUCCAAUCAACCCAACAAUUUGCCGGUCCAAGCCAUCAAUAUGAGCAAUAUAAGCAACAAGCUGGUCUGCCGGUCGGUGCAUUGGCCAACACUUUUGCUCUCAAUCAGGUGGACCAAUUCAGCUAUGGCCGGAAUCAACAGUUCUAUGGCACAAUGCAACCAUCAGAUGGAUACUUCGGCAUGGACAUAAACACCGGCGACGACUACUUGCAAUUUGGAUCUGCUCUUGGCUUGGGCUCCUCUAUCGAUAUGGAUAUCGACUUCAACAACUCUCCGACCAACGACUUGCCUGUGCUGAACUCCAGCUUCGUCGACCCGGCUGCCAUCGGUGGACAGGAAAGCACGCCGCAAUCCCUUACAACCCAAGCUCAUCCAGGUCGCGUCUGGCCAGGUAUGCAUCAACAGCAAGCGGCUUUAGCAAAGGCUCAAGCCGAAGCUCAGCAGCAACAACAACAGCAACGAACCUUGGCAACACAGAAGCCUUUGCCUUCAACGCACUCUCGUCAAGCCAGCCGCAACGGAAGCACUUCAAAACCUCCUACUGAUCCAAUCGUCGAAGAGAGCAUCUCUCGCCUGCUCAAUCAGAUGAGACACAGCAGCGUUGCUUCGUCAAACGAUGACGAUGCUGCCACGCCAACAGGAAAUGGUACCCUUUCAAACAGUGCUCGCAUGAGAAAAGACGAGGAGGACAUGGAUGAGGAUGAGAGGCUGCUGGCAAGUGAGGAAGGGAAGAAGCUGAGCAGCAAGGAGAGGCGCCAGCUGAGGAACAAGGUCUCCGCGAGGGCUUUCCGUUCGAGACGAAAGGAAUACAUUGGGCAACUAGAAGGAGAGAUCGCCGCCAAAGCAAGCGAGGCCGACGAAUUGCGAGCGAAGAACGAGGAAUUGGUGGCAGAGAACACUCGCUUGACCGACUUGACACGCAUGCUUUUGUCAUCGCCAGCUUUCUCCACUUUUUUGAACGACCUGAGUGGCACUGGGGCGCCUGCGUCGAUGCCAGAGAUUCCACGUCCACAAUCGCAAACUCUAGCUUCUCGACCUCCAUCCGCCACUCCUCGCAAAGACGUCAACCCAAACCAGACCACCCCCGGUCCAUUACCAUCGCAAAACUCAAACACCCACGUUGGUAUGACCAUGAUCCCCGAGGAGAACCCUUUCCAAUACAACGGUGCCGAGUCUGCGAACAACGGCUGGACUGACAGUAAUGUGGACUUCCGUGGCCUCUACGACGCUCAAGUCUACGCUGUCAUUGAACUGCCCCAAGGUCCAGCUGUCGACUCGAUGAGCUUCGCAAUGCUCCACGGCAAGACAUCCAACUUCGUUGGCUCCUACUCUAGCGAUGUCUUCAAGGAUGAGCCCGCAGAGGUCGAGCCUAUGCCAGCAUCAGCCGAGAAGAUCACAAUGCCCGAAGUCAUCGAACGCCGCCCGCAAGAGGUCGACAUCGACGUCUCUGACCCUGCUUUUGCUCUCUUCAUCGACCAACCAUGUACCUCUUCGAAGCCAGCUGCGAUGAAACCUGAAGAUCGCAUCUUUGGCGAGAUUGAGCUUGAGAAGGCUUUUGGCCGACUUGAACUUGUCAUUGCAGAAGAUCCCGGCGAGCCUCAAGAAGUCAGUUCAGCGACCAUCGAAAGGUUUGAGCGUUUGUGCUCGAGGCUUGAUGCAGCUUCGUCAAGGGUAGCUGCCAUCACCUCGCACCUGUGA